UGCUGGUCCAUCGAUUUUGUGUCCCUAAAGCAUGUGUAGAUAUUGGAAUUCCCCCAUAAUUAACGGAAAAUUGUUUUCGUGUAGAGAGACAUAAUAAUACAGUACGGAACUGCGCACAGUGCUCACCAAUUCUGGAUAUGUUUGGUGUUUGAUGUUGAAAUACUACAGAAUACCGACCUGACACAAGUUCAGUAUUUUUGGAUGUUACAUAGAACUGCGUUUGCCAGGCUAGGAGAUGAAACGGAAUAUUUUAACCCUGACAUUUUUCACACAGUGUUUCUUAUGGAAAACUGCCGCAGUGGAUUUUGCGGAGAGGGAAAAGCCACAAUGCAAAUCCAAUGCGCAUGUCUGUACGUCAUUAAUGAAAUACCCGGAUGGUAGCGAGUUUGAUGAAGGGCCAUAUUGUAAGUGUCCCGGAUGUAGCUCUAAGUGGCUAACGGGCGAUGACCAGUCCCUGUCGUGGCCACAUUACGAAAGAGCCGACAAAACGGUUCAGUAUAAAUUUUGUGUUCCGAUUCUUCCAAAACGCGAGUGUGAACCAGGUGACCUUGCAAUCACUAUGGGAACGACGACUGGUGAAUGGAGUCCACACAUUAGAGAAGCUCGAUGUGCAUGCCCAGACAAUUUGUACCAACUCCUCGGAUGGUGGCGCCACCCGACACAGAAACUUAACAAUAGAACAGGACAGUGGAUUUAUGAAUAUUUUUGCGAAAAGCCGGAAUGCACCGAAGAAAGGUCGCCAUGUGCCAAAAUUUAUAUUGACCAACAAGAUGGGGACGAACUGAUACUUGGAUACAACUUCCUUUGCGCAUGCCCGCAAGGCUAUAAAUGCCCGGAUCGGGACGAAGAUGAAACGCACGAAAUUGAAUCGGACUUUAGGGGUACAUAUAUACCCCGUUACUGCAAGGUCACACAUAAAUCCCUCAAACAAAGCUAGUGCGCAAUUCAACUGAAAUACUCACACUUGGCUGUUUUACACAAAUGAUUAUCAUAAGUGUUAACAUGAAGAUGUAAUAACUAAAUAUACACGAGGGAAUCGAAAUAUUCCGAGUGAAAAGUGAAGUAUACGAAAAGUGCACACAAGAUAUAGAAAGGACGCGCGAAAAAUGAUAUAUAUGAGAGAGUAGAAAUAUUUCGUGUGAGACACGAAGUAUAAUGCUUUGAACGAAGAGUACGCACGUGACAGAAAGGAUGCAGUUAGAUUUAAUUAGGCAUUCGCAGUUCAUCACACAUGUCCAGCCAAUUUUUACCCACACAUUAAGUCAGUUACUCUUACAGCCAGACUUUAUUCAAGUUACUUCCCUUUAUUCAUAUUGCUAGUCGGCAUAACCCAAGUGUUCUAAAAUAUAUAUACAAUGUAUGUACAAAUGUAGUUAUUUUGCAAAUAUAAGUAUUUAUGUCGUGUACUUGUCCGUUUAAAAGGGUUUUUAUUUGACAAUGUGCUCUAAAAUUUGUAUUGUCACAAAUAUGUUAAUCAAAUAACAAGGGACCAUAUUUCACAAUACAAAAACCUAUUUUUCAAACUUUAGUUUGUUUGAAGCUGCUUCUCGUGCCAGCGGGUGCAGUAAUCGUCAGGAAAUCUUUACGGUACAGUGUAUCAAGUACUAGUCAUGCUUGAAUGGCAUUUUUUUUUCAUCAUGACAAUGUAAUUUUAUCUGAUUGUCUGUAAAUUGUUGUUGUUAUGGUGUAAGUAUUUUUCAUCACUGCCAUGUAUAUACACGAAAUAAAACUAUACUUUUA